AACUGAAAGGGGUAAAAAAGCAGUGGGAAGGUAGAGCGCUAAUGAAAGCUGGACUCGCAAACAAAAACAGUGAUUGAUUCUAUUGAGACGAAUCAGUCACGACACGCCCCAAUCCUAACUCAAUUCUCCAAUCACAUGUAAUCAAAAAACCAAAACCCCUUUCUUCACAUUCUCAACGUUCAUACUCAAUUUCACCAUCUCAUUCUUUUUUCCAUGGCGUCGAGAACCGGCAACACAAAGCUUUCCUUCGAGGUUCUCCGCCGAAAUCCAAUCAUUGAAGAGGAUUCUUUCCUCCAUCGUUCCAAAUCGGAUCCACCAACUCUACCCGAUCGCAAGAAACGUAAGAACCGAGCAUCCAAGAAGAAGAAGAAACCUCUCGAUCCCGCUGAUUCCGUCGCUGAUUCCGGCGAUCCGAACCGGAACAUUGAAUUGCCGCUCGAAAACGGACGAGCGUGUAACGGUUUCGGGAUUGACGCAAUGAGGUAUUGCGGUAAUGGAGGAAGCGUCGUGUAUGAGGAAGCUAGUGAAACGAGCAUCUCUGGUGUUACUGCGGCGCCUGAGGUUGGUUCUUCGUUUCCGACGACCGUGCGUGGGAGUGUAGAAGGGUUUAAUUUCGGUGAAUUGAGGCAAAGGAAUGUGAAUAGCAGUUCUGAGGAUUUAGUUGCUUCUGUGGUGGACGAUUCCGGUGAAAUUCGGGUGGGCGAUGAUUGUGUGAAGGAGAGUCCGGUGGAGACACCGAGAAAAGAAACGGAAAGGACUGUCCUUACAAAAUCGGAAACAGUAGAAUCGGUUGACUGGAAGCGGAUAAUGGAAGAAGAUCCGAAUUAUGUGUUCACAGUAGAUAGGUCUCCUGUAGCAUACUUCUUGGAGGAAAUGUACAAUGGGAAUUCGUUACGAAGCACAACUACUCUUGGCAAUGAAAUAGAAAGAGAGAGAGUUUAUGACACUAUCUUCCGCUUGCCAUGGAGAUGCGAAUUGCUUAUAGAUGUUGGCUUCUUUGUCUGCUUCGAUUCAUUUCUUUCGUUAUUAACCAUUAUGCCAACAAGGAUCUUGAUGACCAUUUGGAGGCUUCUAAAGACAAGACAGUUCAAGAGGCUCUCAACAAUGGAAUUGUCAGAUUUCGGAUGUUUUAUUAUUAUGAGCUGUGGAGUUAUUCUUUUGCAGAGAACAGAUAUCAGCUUAAUAUAUCAUAUGAUCCGUGGUCAAGGAACAAUAAAAUUGUAUGUGGUCUACAACGUUUUAGAGAUAUUUGAUAAACUGUGUCAAAGUUUUAAUGGGGAUGUGUUGCAAACAUCAUUUCAUUCUGCUGAAGGACUUGCAAGUUGCCCUCCAGAAAAUAUGAGAUUCUGGCUUUGGAGAUUUGUCUGUGACCAAGCUUUAGCUGUGGUAGCUUCAAUUGUUCAUUCUUUUAUCUUAUUAGCUCAGGCAAUCACUCUAUCUACCUGUAUAGUUGCUCACAACAAUGCGUUGUUAGCUUUGCUGGUGUCAAAUAAUUUUGCUGAGAUUAAAGGCAAUGUUUUUAAGCGGUACAGCAAGGAUAAUGUUCACAGCUUGGUUUACUUUGAUUCUGUGGAGAGAUUUCACAUUUCAGCAUUUAUCUUAUUCGUUUUGGCUCAGAAUAUUCUUGAGGCAGAGGGUCCCUGGUUUGAAAGCUUUCUUUAUAAUAUCUUCUUGGUGUACGUAUGUGAAAUGGUUAUUGAUAUUAUCAAGCAUUCAUUCAUUGCUAAAUUCAAUGAUAUUAAGCCCAUUGCCUACUCUGAGUUCCUUGAAGACCUAUGUAAACAGACUCUAAAUUUGCAAACUGAGGGUGUAAAGAAAAACCUAACUUUUGUCCCGCUUGCUCCGGCGUGUGUGGUUAUUCGAGUUCUAACCCCAGUAUAUGCUGCAAACCUUCCUCAAAAUCCUCUUCCAUGGAAAAUUUUCUGGAUUCUGCUUUUUUUAACAAUGACCUAUGUUAUGCUCACAAGCCUCAAGGUUCUCAUGGGUAUGGGCCUACAGAAACAUGCCACUUGGUAUAUUAAUCGCUGCCGAAGGAGGAAGCAUCACCUUCAUGCAGAUUAGUUUAGGAGGUCAAAUAUUUCUUGAGUUAAUGUGAUCUGCUGCCCAGGGAAUCACACUCAUGUGCCCAAAGGACAUGGAGACUUUUCUGACAUGGCUCAGCUCUUGCUUAAUCAUCGGUGAAUGGCACAUAUGAGAACAACUUUAUCGGUCUUUUGAUAAGACAAACCUGGAGAUGGUUUCUCCUUCCAAUUUUGACAGCAAAGUAUAGUUUGAUGAUUACACAAUAAGGAUAGAAGUUUUUUUUUUUUUUGUUAAUUUUUUAAUUUUUACAGAAUAAGAAUAGAAAGUUAAAUAGGCUGUGUAGUUGUCAUGGGUUGUAAUCAUGCCUCCCCUUCCAUUCUAAAUUUUGCAAACAAAGUUACUUCCCAAUCUUCCUUAAAGGCAAUGCAAAGUGUGUUUGGUUA